CCUCAAGGCCAUGAAGAACUUUUGCAUCCCCGUGGCUCUUCCAACACAGCAAGGCAAGCCCAUGGACCCCAUGCUGUGUCUGUUUGGACUGAGGGUUUAGGGGAGCACCAAAGGGGUGCACAGAAUGGCAGUCAGGACACUCUGGGGCUGCUCUGUGCCACAUCCUGCUUUAGCAUGGUGAUCUUCAGUAAAUACUGCAAUUCCAAAGAUAUUAUGGACCUUUUCUGCAUUGCAACAGGGUUACCGAGGAACACGACCAUCUCCCUUCUGACAGCAGACAACUGCAUGGUGUCCAUUGACCCCACGAUGCCUGCAAACACAGAGAGGUCUCCAUACAAAGUGAUACCAGUUGUGACUGAGCAGCUCUCAGAAAAAGAAGAAUUGUUCCAGAAUUUAUUGGGACAGAUUGCCGAGCAGUUCUCGAGGGUUUUUAAAAUCAACGAGCUAAAAACGGAAGUAGCCAAUCACUUGGCAAUGCUGGAGAAAAAGGUUGAAUUGGAAGGCCUGAAAGUGGUGGAGAUUGAGAAAUGCAAGCGUGACAUUAAAAAGAUGAGGGAGGAAAUGGCAGCAAGGAACAGCAGGACUAACUGUCCCUGCAAGUACAGCUUUUUGGAAGAAAACAAGAGGCCAGCUCCCCGGCGGGAUGUGCCCUCCUACCCAAAGUACAUGCUGUCCCAGGAGACCAUCGAGGCCCUGCGGAAACCGACCUUUGACGUCUGGCUGUGGGAGCCCAACGAGAUGCUGAGCUGUUUGGAGCACAUGUACCACGACCUUGGGCUGGUAAAAGACUUCAACAUCAAUCCCAUCACGCUGAAGAGGUGGCUGCUGUGCAUUCACGACAAUUACAGAAACAACCCCUUCCACAAUUUCCGGCACUGCUUCUGCGUGACCCAGAUGAUGUACAGCAUGAUCUCCCUCUGCAGCCUCCAGGAGAAAUUUUCCCAAAUUGACAUUUUGAUUCUCAUGACGGCAGCAGUGUGCCAUGACUUGGACCAUCCAGGCUAUAACAAUACCUACCAGAUCAACGCGCGGACGGAGCUGGCCGUGCGCUACAACGACAUCUCCCCGCUGGAGAACCACCACUGCGCCGUGGCCUUCCAGAUCUUCUCCCAGCCAGAGUUCAACAUCUUCUCCAACGUGGACCAGGAGCAGUUCAAGCAGAUCAGGCAGGGGAUAAUUACGUUAAUCCUGGCUACAGACAUGGCGAGACAUGCAGAAAUACUGGACUCUUUCAAGGAAAAGAUGGAAAACUUUGAUUACACAAAUGAAGAACACAUGACCUGUCUGAAGAUGGUACUGAUCAAAUGCUGCGACAUCUCCAACGAAGUCCGCCCGAUGGAAGUGGCAGAGCCCUGGGUGGAUUGCUUACUGGAGGAGUAUUUUAUGCAGAGUGACCGGGAGAAGUCCGAGGGGCUGCCGGUGGCGCCGUUCAUGGACCGCGACAAGGUGACCAAGCCCACGGCGCAGAUCGGCUUCCUCAAGUUCGUCCUCAUCCCCAUGUUCGAAACAGUGACCAAGCUGUUCCCAGAAGUGGAGGAGGUGAUGCUCCAGCCUCUGUGGGAAUCCAGGGACCACUACGAGGGGUUAAAACAGAUAGAUGAUGCUAUGAAAGAGCUGCAGAAACAGAAAAGUGAAGGUUUGACGUCCAGCAGUACCGAAAAGUGAGAUGAAACAGCCUCUGAACAAAAAAUCCAGGAGCCCUGAGGCUGCUCUGGUUUGAGAAAUGCUGUAUUUGCCAAGCAGAGGCAAAAUCCAAGUGGGACCAUACAGGGAGUGGUGGCAGGGAUGGAUCCACAGCCUGCAGCCAACUCACAGAGGAGCUGUGUCGGGCACCACGGGCUCCCCAGACUCUGGCAUCCCCUCCACAGCCUCCUGGCAGGACUCUCCAGACUCCAAAAUUCUCACCACAGCCUCCUGGCAGGACUCUCCAGAGUCCAAAAUUCUCACCACAGCCUCCUGGCAGGACUCUACAGACUCCAGAAUUCUCACCACAGCCUCCUGGCAGGACUCUCCAGGCUCCAGAAUUCCCACAAGAGCCUCCCAGCAGGAUUCUCCCUGUGGACACUGCACAGGCUGCAGCAGAUCUGCCUUUUUGGUGACCACAGUCUGUAGAGACAAAUCAGAGUUUAGCCAAGGAGCCUUUUCUGGGAAAUGAUCCACUGGCAGCAGGAGUUGUUUUAGUCAAGACACUCCCUACAUGUGUACAGCAGUAUGCUAAUUACAGCAUAGCUCACCAGAUGCUCAUACACUGAAAAGGGUCCUGGCAUACAUUUUUGUUUGCCUGGUAGGCCCUAAUGACACAUUUCUCCUCAUUAUUCUCUGAAUUUUAUAGUGUUCACAGUACAUUCAGAAGCCCAGUA